AAUUUGGACACUAGGCAAUUACUUAUGACAUUUUUUUUUAUGAGUAAAAGGGGCAUAACCCCUACAAGAGAAAACUAAAAAUCUAGGAAAACUAGUACAAACAUUGUAAAGAGUUCUAAGGAAAUAAACCCAGGAAUAAAAUUAAAGAUAUUAAAAUUUAUCUCUAAAAACAUGUUGCCACUCAAUCAAAUUUGAGUUCUGAUGGAUUUGGUGAAUGUUUUUCACAAGUGUGCGGUGUGCCUUGAGGGUGAGUAAGAGAGUAACAUUUUUUAAACAUCUUGAUAGCAAUCAUAGAAUCAGAAUACACUUUAAAGGCAGUGUUGGCAAAUGCUUAUUUGAGUAGUGAAAAGUUUAAAAUGCAGAAAAUACUCUAUCAGUAAGCAACACAAUUUAACAUGCCUUGAUCUUUGAUUUCACAUACUACUGUUGUGAACAGAGUAAGUUGUGCUACUGGGUAUAUUCCUUUGGUAAUCAUCAUUCCUAAAAUUUACUAAUCAAGUUUAAAACAGAAAUUUGGUAAUAUUAUGCAAAAAAGAAAGUCCUGGUAGGUUUACCAUUCUUGAGCUAAGAGGUGUAUAAGACUUUGUAUCAGAAAUUUUAAUAUUAUGCACUGUAGCUCUUAAAUUAAUUUGAAUGUCAUUUGCUAUUUCAAAAUCAUACACUAAAUAAUCAUGCAUGUAUUUGAUUCUUGUGUGUUUACUCUGUUAAUGUUAACUUGUUUUGUUCUAUUUGGUUUUGGUUAUGCAGCAAUUCGGCGAUUGAGUUAAAGAAUCAUUCUACCUUGAAUGGAAAUGCUGUGUUUUUUGUGUUUUGGUGGUUGUUGUGAGUGGUUCAAGUAUUAAUAUUUUUGUUAGUUGGACUUUCUUUGUAUGAGUAUCAUCUUACACAUCAUAGGUUCUGUUUACAAGUGCUACAAAUCCAUAUGCAUGUGUGACUGUGUGGGAUUUUGUUUGCUCUCCAUAUGCAGUGUCACUUUGCAUCUCCUUGUAUGAUUGUAUUGUUGGUUAAUCAUAGGAGAAAACAUGAUUUGAAUCUCUGUCAUGUACUGGCUAUUUAAUCUAUCAUUCUCUCUGUCAUGUGAUGAAAUUGAUCAUGGUUAUGGAUUGGAAGCCAAAUAUACUUGACAUUCGGUCCUCUUUGCCAAUUCUGUUUGAUUUCCUUUUGAAAAAUUGAUAUCUGUAUCUAUAUGUGUAAACACAAAUUGCCUUUGAUUAGAGAGCAUAAAUUUGUAUCAGAAGCACAAUAUAGAUGGCUAUGUCCAGCUGAAAUUUGCCAAAUUCUCACUAAUCAGACCAACUUUCAGAUUGCUUCUGAACCUUCAUAUAUGCCUCCAAGCAGUUCACUUUUGCUAUUUGAUCGGAAGGUUACGCGAUACUUUAGAAAGGAUGGUCAUAAUUGGAGGAAGCAAAAAGAUGGAAAAACUGUCAGGGAAGCUCAUGAAAGACUAAAGGUUUUAGUUCACGGUCAAACUGGAGAGGAGGUUAAGUUGGAGUUGAUCCUGCGAGUUGUAGCUGAUGUUGGUUUGAUUGGACUUCCAAAUGCUGGGAAAUCAACACUUCUGGCAGCCAUUACACUUGCAAAACCCGAUAUUGCCAGUUAUCCUUUUACAACAUUAAUGCAAAAUCUUGGUCGCCUUGCUGGUGAUCCCAACUUGGGAACAGGGAUGUAUUCAUCUGAAGCAACAUUAGCAGAUUUGCCUGGUCUUAUAGAAGGCACUCACUUGGGAAAGGGUCUUGGUCGCAAAUUUUUGAGGCAUCUAAGGAGAACCCGGCUAUUGGUCCAUGUUGUUGAUGCAUCUAAUAAAAACACUGUAAAUGACUACAGAACUGUCAGAGAAGAGUUGCGCAUGUAUAACCCCAAGUACCUCGAACGACCAUACAUUGUUGUUUUGAAUAAGAUUGACCUGCCAGAGGUUAUAGAUAGGCUUCCAACAUUGACUCAAGAAAUUCAAAGAAUUGGCAGUGAUGGUGCAGCUUCUGAACCAAAACCAAGCUCUGAAGUUUCUGCUCAAUUAUUGUCCGAUGAAAAUGAUACAAAGGAAAAAACACUUGAGGAUUAUCCGCGACAUCACUCUGUUAUUGGAGUUAGUGUUAUGUAAGUGCUUGAUGUUUUAUUUCAUAAUAGUAUUUAUUUUUACUAUGUUUUGUGAUGAGAUCCUCAUCAGUCGCUAUUUUUAAAGUCUUUUUAAUUAAGUUUUUAAUAUAAUUUUAUUAGUUUAGUGUUUAAGUUAGAGUCAUUUUAAAUAAAUUGCAAUUUUUGGUUUAUUGUGUCAAUUAUGUCUUAUUCUCUAUUAAUAUAUAUUUUGUGUAGCUUUUAUUUUGUGAAGUUACUUACUCAUUGUCUAGUGUGUCAUGUGAUGAGAAAAUGAGAAAGACUUUCUUCAAGCUGGGCCAAAAGAAAGCAAGCACGGGCCUUAUGUUUUGAGUUGACCCGAUCCAAGAGAAAAGAAAUGGAAUUGACUUGUUUAUAAAACAACACACAGACUUGAAAAGGAGAGAGCUGCGCAGGAGAUCAGGCCCAAACGGAGCAGGGCAUCACGCACACUGCACACAUCAGGAACGGAAUUGGAGAACGGCAAUAGCGCAACAAGCAGGAGCAUCAUAUGUUAUCUGGUUUUAUUUUAUUCUUUAUGUUGCUAAUUGUCACAAUUAUGUCUAGCUAAAUUUUCAUGAUUGGUCUUUAGGGGAUUCUAAUUGUUAUUUUUCUUGAACAAUGUGAUUAUCAUAUGAAUUGAUAUAUGAAUUACGAAGUUAGUUUCUUCAA